AUGAUCGUCACCAUUACCAUGACUGUCACCUUUAUCGUCACUGUUACUAUUACUAUUACCGUCACUGUUGCUAUUACCGUUACCAUUACCGUCACCGUUACUGUUACCAUUACUAUUGCCGUCUGUGAUACCGUUACCAUCACCGUCACCCUUAAUUUUAAAGUUAUGGUCACCAUCAUCGUUUUCGUCAUCAUUACCAUUAUUGUUACUGUCACCGUUACCGAUACCAUCACCGUUACUAUCACCGUUACCGUCAUAGUUACCAUCAUCGUUACCGUUAUCAUCACCAUUAUUGAUAAUGUUACCAUUCCCGUUACCGUCACUGUUACUGUCACUAUUACCGUCAUCGUUAUCAUCAGCAUUACCGUCAUCGUUACCAUCACCAUUUCUGAUACUCUUACCAUCACUAUUAUCGAUACUGUUACCGUCACCAUCAUCGUUAUCAUCACCAUUACCAUCAACGUUACUGAUACUGUUACCAUCAUUGUUAUCAUCACCACUAUCGAUACUGCUACUAUCACAGUCACCGUUACCGUUACAAUUAUCGUGACUGUUACCGUCACCAUUACUGUUACUAUUUUCGUUAUUCUUACCUUUACUGUUACCAUCAUCAUUACUAUUAGUGUUACCGUCACCAUUACCGUCAUCGUUAUUAUCACCGUUAUCGUCACUAUCAGCGUUACCGUUACCAUUACAAUCACCGUUACCAUUACCUUUACCAUUAUUGUCACCAUCAGCAUUACCGUUACCGUCACCGUCAUCAUCACCGUUACUGUUUCCAAUCGUGAUACUGCUACCAUCAUUGUUAAUGUUAUUUUUACCAUCAUCGUCACGGUCACCUUUGCCGUUACCAUUACAGUCACCAUCACCGUUAUUUUUACGGUUACCGUUAUCGUCCCCGUUACUUUCCUAACUACCGUCACAGUCAACGUUGCCGUCAUCAUUACAAUCACCAUCACUAUUACCGUUACUGUUUCCAUUACUGUCACCGUCACUGUUACCGAUGUUGUUACCGUUAUUGUCAUUGUUAUUGUCUCCAUUAUCGUCAUCAAUACCGUUACUGUCACUAUUAUCGUCACCGUGACAGUUACCGUUACCAUUAUCGUGACUGUUACCGUUAUCAUACCGUCACCUUUAUCAUCACUGUUACUAUUACCAUUAGCGUAA